AAGGGAUUGAAAUAUCCCUCAUCUCCUGCUGCUGACACAAGAAAUCCUUCAUGUGGUUCAUGUAGCACAGUCAAAUAAGACUUGUGGACAUCACGAAGGUCUGGAAUCUUGAGCGUUUUGAUUUGUUAGGAAAAGCUGCAAUUCUUUGAGGAAGUUGAGGAUUAUCGGCGAACAUCCUAGAGCUCUCCAAAAAUGCAACGAGCUACUCUGCUCGUGGUCAUUGUGUUGUGCGUAUCAGGAACCUCUGCACAAAAUUGUGACUUUGAGUCCAGUGUUUGCAAUUAUAAACAGGAUAAGACUGAUAACUUUGAUUGGAGGUGGUAUCAUGGUGCUACAGAUACCAAAAGCACAGGACCUGCCAAAGAUCAUACACCAAAAUCCGAUAAAGUAAAAACUAUUGGUGGUAACUCCAAUGGUGCAGAUUGUGUGUUUCCAUUCAGAUAUCUUACCGGAAAUUAUAGCCAAUGUACAGCCGUAGCUCACUCUCUCCUUUGGUGUGCUACCACAAGUGAUUAUAACAAAGAUCGUAAAUGGGGAAAUUGUGUCCCGGAUGGUGUUUAUUCAUUGGGCUGCUAUCUAACAUACAAUGGAAACCAUAUCUUUAGAGUUACCCUACCUGGUACAGUCAGGGGAACAAAUGUUAUCCAACAGUGCAUUACUGAAGCAAAGGCAUAUAAAAAAAAAAAUAAAAAAAACCUUCAAGGCAUUGGUAUCAGGAAUUAUGGUUCUUAUUACCGUUGCUACGCGGAUGAAGAGGCUGAUCUGCGAUACAAUACACAUGGACCUUCUUUUAGCUGUGGAUCACAAGGUCUUGGUACUCAGAACACCAAUACAACAUCUGUGUUCUUGUUUACAGGUCGAUAUAUGUAUGUUGAGGUGAAUGGGAAGCAGAGUGGAGAUAUUGCCCGCAUCUCAAGCCCAUUGGUUUCUGUGUCCCAAAAAACCACUAAGUGCUUGAAGUUUUGGUAUCACAUGUAUGGGCCUCACAUAGCAUCACUUAAUGUGUAUGCUAACACAACAUCUUUGGGAUUUCCUAUCUGGUCAAAGAAUGGUACACAAGGAAACAAGUGGAAGCUGGCCAAAGUUGAUGUUGUAAUGAGCCAGUCUUAUUCUCUGGUUUUUGAAGGAACAGCAGAAGGGAAUGAUAAAGGAGACAUUGCUUUGGAUGACAUUCAGUUGGCAACUGGAUCAUGUGAUUACUCUGGUGACCCAUGUAACUUUCAAGAUGAUAGCUGUAGCUUUACACAGGACAACACAGAUAACUUUGACUGGGUACGAACUAAGGGUUCCACACCCACUCCAGGAACAGGACCAACUGUUGACCACUCAUAUGGAUCUAUAUUGGGUUAUUAUAUGUUACUUGAAGCUUCAAACCAGAGCAAUGGUGAUAAGGCCAGGAUAAUGAGAACAUACAAGAAGGCUACAGUCACAGAAAGUUGCUUUCAGUUUUGGUACAUGAUGUAUGGUUCAAGCCUUGGUACACUCAAUGUCUAUCAGAAAGUUGGAAAUAGUCUUGGAAGUGCAAUUUGGACUGUCUCAGGUGACCAGGGUGUUCAGAGGACUUGGCUAAAAGGACGUGUCACACUCAACAGUACAGCCCAAUUUACUGUUGUUUUUGAAGGAGUAAGAGGAAGUGGUGCCAGAAGUGACAUUGCUAUUGACGAUAUUUCCAUGUCUUCAGGCCACUGUCCAAAUCCUGGGGACUGCAAUUUCCAGAAUGACUUCUGUACUUGGAGUAACAUGGCUGGUGAUGAUUUUAAUUGGAUCAGGGGAUCAGGACAAACACCAAGUUUCUUUACAGGUCCUGAUACAGAUCGCCUGGGUUCUUCUCAAGGUGCCUACGCCUUCAUUGAGACAUCAAGUCCUAGAAAACAAGGUGACAAAGCAAGAUUAGUCAGUACACAGUUUAAUGGAACGGCCUCCAAGAACUGCUUUACUUUCUGGUAUCACAUGUAUGGUUCAAGCAUUGGCUCCCUCAAUCUUUACCAAGUAGUUGGUAAUACUGAAACACUCAUCUGGACCCUCUCAGGAAAUAAAGGAAGACAAUGGUUUAAUGGACAAGUGCCAGUUGGAAAUCAAGCUAAAUAUAAGAUCAUUGCUGAAGGUAUCAGGGGAACUAGUUAUCAAGGAGAUAUAGCCAUUGAUGACUUUAGGUUCCUUCCAGGAAUCAAUUGUCAACUGAGUCCGACAGCAGCUGCUCCAAACUAUGUUACCACUGCAGCUCCAACAACUUCAUCAGCCACAACAACGCCUAUUCCAAGUGGUGGCAUAAACUGUGACUUUGAAUCAGACAUUUGUACCUGGACACAAGACAAAACAGACCAGUUUGACUGGACAAGGAGAGCAGGCUCUACUGCAUCAUCAUCAACAGGCCCCUCUGCUGACCAUACGAAAGGAAAUGGUAAUGGCUGGUACGUUUACAUUGAAACAUCUUGGCCAAGAAAGAUGAAUGAUACAGCAAGGCUUAUUAGUAGUUCUAUUCCAGGAACUACUGCUAGCAAAGGAAAGUGCUUGUCAUUUUGGUAUCACAUGUAUGGAGCAGACAUCAAUACCCUUAGUGUUUACGUCAGGACAGGUGCCCAUGAUUCAAUGUUGUGGUCUAAGACAGGAACACGGGGAGACAAAUGGAUUCAAGGCCAAGCAACUGUGACCAGUAGAGAUCAUUUUAAGAUUGUAAUGUCUGCUUCAGUUGGCAAAAGUUACCAAGGAGACAUUGCUUUGGAUGAUAUUUCUAUGACAGAUGGACCUUGCAACUAUGACUCAACAACCUGCACAUUUGAAGAAAGUCACAUGUGUGGUUACCAACAGGAUACAACGGAUGAUUUUGAUUGGGCUCGUGGCAGUGGAGCAACAGUUACCCCCAACACUGGGCCUGCUGCUGAUCACACAUUAGGAUCAGCUUCAGGGUUUUACAUGUAUAUCGACAGUUCAAUUGCUCAAAGUGGGAAAAAGGCCAGAUUACUGACUCCUCAGAUGCCCAAAGUUAGUGCCAAAUGUCUGAAGUUCUGGUAUCACAUGUAUGGAUCAACGGUAGGGACUCUGGCAGUGUAUAAGAAAACAGGUUCUUUAGUGGGUAUUCGCAUCUGGAGACGCUCUGGGGAUCAAGAUGAUGAGUGGCUUGUUGCACAAGUUAGUGUGUGGAGUCCUGUAAAACCAUUUUGGCUUUCAUUUGAAGGUCAGGUGGCUGGCAGCACAGGAGAUAUUGCCAUUGAUGAUGUUGAAAUAUUUGCGGGCAAGUGCCCAACACCUGGAAAUUGUGACUUUGAGAAGGGAACAUGCACCUGGAGAAACACCCGUAAGGGAGAUGACUUUGAUUGGUUACAAGGCAAAGGUAAUACACUGUCAUCUACCACUGGGCCAUCUAAUGACCACACCACUAACUCUGCCAACGGAACCUACAUGUUUAUUGAAGCUUCAUCACCAAGAAAAACUGGCGACAAGGCAAGAUUUUUCAGCGAGACAUUAAGUGCUGUUCCUGCCAAAGGAACAUGCCUUCAGUUUUGGUACCACAUGUAUGGUCUUGAUAUUGGAACCCUUAAUGUGGUGCAAAAGACAACAUCUGGAAGCAAGUCUGAAAACAUUCUGUGGACUUUGCAAGGUCAGCAGGGUAAUAAGUGGUUAAAUGGAAAAGUGUCCCUCAGCAAGGUUCCAAGCUCUGACUUCUGGAUCAUCUUCGAAGGAAUACGUGGUACUGGUUACCGUGGAGAUAUUGCCAUUGAUGAUAUUCUCAUAACAAGUGGAGAUUGUACCACAUUCCCAGCUAAUGCAGAUCCUAACCCUGUAACAACUUCAAUGCCCACAGCUACCACCCAGUUCACCCUGCCACCCACCAUUGCGCCUUCAUUGUACAACUGCGACUUUGAAAGUGGCUUUUGUAACUACACCCAAGAGCACAUAACAGACAUCUUUAACUGGACACGACAUCAAGGUGGCACAUAUUCUGGAGGGACUGGCCCAACGGCAGAUCACACCAAACAACAAGGAGUAGUAGGACCCAAUGGUCCAGGGUCUCUUCAACACAAGUUAUCUGCAAAGUGUAUACAUGUCUAUUUGGGUGGGUUUCGUAAACCAACCCCAGGCACUGUUAUAGUGACUUAUGACGGAUGUGGAGAGAGUCGCUUGGAGUUUCAGCUAACAUCUGAUGGUUAUAUUAAAUAUACCAAGUACAAUAUGUGUCUGCGACGAAGAGGGGGAUCUGGUGUCAAUGCUGAUGAUGUUGUGUUAGAUGACAAGUGCAGUGAAAAGUGGAAAUUCACCUCCAAAGGUUCAAUACAGCAUCUACCAACAAGCAAAUGUUGGACUCCAUAUGGUGGUAAGGCAGUAAAUGAUGGCAAACUUCUCCUCAAUACAACUUGUGAUAACAAGGAUCAGCAGUUCAGGUGGCAACCAACACGUGGAUGGUAUGUUUACAUAGAGGGAUCAUUCCCAAGGAAGCCUAGUGACACUGCAAGAAUUCAUUCUCCUUAUGUCAAUACUAACCCUUCGCAGCCCAAGUGUCUUUCCUUUUGGUAUCAUAUGUAUGGACCUCACAUAGGGCAACUUAACAUCUACCGCUAUGCUGGUGGCCAGCUUAACUCCCCUGUCUGGUCCAAAUCUGGCUCCCAUGGCAACAAAUGGUUGAAUGGUCAGGUAGAGCUAACAAAUAACAAUCCUUACAAAAUUGUGUUUGAGGGUGUGCGUGGUUCAAGUUACCAAAGUGAUAUUGCUCUGGAUGACAUUCAGCUCAGCAAUGGCCAGUGUACUCCAACUAUGGACUGUGACUUUGAAAGUCCAGUAUCCCAGCUGAGAUUGUGUGGUUGGAAGCAAUAUCCUGGGGCUAAUAUCAACUGGCGUCUUGGUCAAGGCAACACAUCAUCAAUCAACACAGGACCAGCAAGUGAUCACACCCUUAGGGAUGGCAGAGGACAUUACCUUUUCAUUGAGACAUCAUUUGUUGCCCCUAACUCCAAAGCCUGGUUGAUAGGUCCAAAGAUUAACCCACAGAGUGGAAAGUGUUUUCAGUUCUGGUACCAUAUGUAUGGGAGCAGUAUUGGUCAACUUAAUGUUUACCUCAUGACAUCAAAAACAGUUCCAUCUAUUCCUGCUUGGUCACGACAGAGAGAUCAAGGGAACUUGUGGUAUAUUGCUCAAGUAUCCAUCACAAUCCCUAACUAUGUUAAUGUGUUAUUUGAGGGUGUACGUGGCACAAGCUACACUGGAGACAUAGCAAUUGAUGACUUUAAGCUCAUGGAUGGACCUUGUAAUCAGGCAGGGUAUUGUGACUUUGAGAAAGAUGACUGGUGUACCUGGACAAAUGACAAGAGAGAGGACAACUUUGAUUGGUUAGUUGGUAGUGGCAGCACACCAUCAGCCUUUACUGGGCCUGCUGUUGAUCAUACGACAGGACAUGGUAUUGGAAAGUACAUGUUUAUGGAGGCAUCUGCACCAACCAGACCAGGAGAUAAGGCCAGACUGUACAGUGAACGCUUCCAACCAACAGGUGGCUCUUGCAUUAAGUUUUGGUAUCACAUGUAUGGUCCUUCAGUAGGUACCCUAAAUGUUUUAGUCAAGACUGGUGCAGGCAAUCGGUCUGAGGAUAUUGUGUGGACACUUUCUGGCAACCAAUUAGAUCAAUGGAAAUUUGGGCAGGCCCCUGUUGUGAGUGCGCAAAGUGGAUAUCAGGUUGUAUUUGAGGCCAUCAGAGGAAGUGACUAUCGAGGGGAUAUAGCAAUUGAUGACAUCGCAUUUACAGUUGGAGCCUGUACUGUUUUGCCACACAAUGCUAAACCGACACCUCCACCAACUCUGCCAGCUACAACUGGGCCUACAACAAUUCCACCCAAGGGGAAAUUUGACUGUGACUUUGAAGGUGGCUUUUGUCUUUGGACACAAGAUUCAACUGACAGUUUCAACUGGACCAGGCAUCGCGGACCAACAUCAUCAACAGACACUGGGCCAACCACUGAUCACACUCUUAAAACAGGAAAUGGUACCUAUGCCUAUGCUGAAGCCUCAUAUCCCAGGCAACUGAAUGACACAGCUCGACUGAUCAGUCCCACACUUCAAAGUAACACAAGACCUGGAACAUGCAUCUCUUUCUGGUAUCACAUGUACGGUGCUGACAUUAACUCCCUGAAUGUGUACACGAAGGUUGGAGGAUCUCUUGGCACAGCCAUUUGGCAAAAGAAAGGAAAUCAAGCAAAUGUAUGGAAAUAUGGCCAAGUCUUUGUCAGGCAGCCUCUAAACUACCAGGUUGUUUUUGAAGCAGUGCGAGGAAAGAAUUACUUGGGUGACAUUUCAUUGGAUGAUAUUGCUGUCAAAGAUGGCUUCUGUCCACCUCUGAAAGAAUGUGCAUUCGAAGAAACUGGCUUAUGUGGAUGGUCAGAUGAAAAGAGUGUUGAUAACUUUGACUGGACAAGGCAGAGUGGUUCCACAUCCAGCUCUGGAACAGGUCCAACUUUUGACCACACUUUUGGGACAGCAAAGGGAUUCUACAUGUUUAUUGAAACCUCCUUUCCAAGAAAAACAGGGGACAAGGCACAGCUGUUAAGCCCCAGAUACGGUGCGACAAACGGAAAAUGCUUGCAGUUUUGGUACCAUAUGUAUGGACGUAGCAUUGGAACAUUAAAUGUCCGUAUUAGACGUUUGGUUCAAGGUAAACCCACCUACUUUCUACAGUGGUCCAGAUCAGGUGACCAUGGAAACCGCUGGAGGGUUGCGCAGGUAACUGUAUCAUCUGUAAGUGAUUACCAAAUAGUAUUUGAAGGAGUAGCAGGAAGCAGUUAUCAGGGUGACAUUGCCAUUGAUGAUGUAAUUUUACUGGACAAUGCUUGCCCACCCCCUGGUGAUUGUAAUUUUGAGACUGGCAUGUGUACCUGGGUUAAUGUGGCACAAAAGGAUGAUUUUGAUUGGGUGCGGUAUAAUGGUGAAACAAGUAGCUUGGGCACUGGUCCUUCUACUGAUCACACAACAAAGACAAAAGGAGGGUACUAUAUGUAUAUCGAAACAUCAAGUCCACGUCUGCUUAAUCACAAGGCCAGGAUGGAGUCUGAAGAAUUCCAACCAACAGGUGCAUCAGGACGUUGCUUGAAGUUCUGGUAUCAUAUGUAUGGGGCUUCUAUUGGAUCACUUAAUGUCUGGAUCAGCAGCAAUGGUUCAUCUGGUCAGAUAUGGACUCUUACUGGUAAUAAAGGUGACAAGUGGCAAUUUGCUCAAGCUCCCGUCAGCAGUAAAAGUGUCUAUCAGGUUAUCUUUGAAGGUGUCAGGGGCCAAGGUCAUCAAGGUGACAUUGCUAUCGAUGAUGUCCAGUUUACAGUUGGCUGGUGUGUUGUCCUGCCUCCUGGUGCAAGGCCAUUAAACCCCUGGACAACCCCAGCAGUGACCACCUCACCACCUAUCACAGCCCCAACAUCAGCACCUUCCAUCUAUGACUGCACAUUUGAGAACAACACAUGCACAUGGACUCAAGCAUUGGAUGACACUUUCAAUUGGACAAGGCAUCAAGGGAGUACACUAUCUCGGUUCACUGGACCAUCUACAGAUCACACCACAGGAGGUGCUACUGGAUUUUACAUGUACAUCGAGACUUCAUAUCCACGAAAGCCCAAUGACACAGCACGCUUUGAGAGUGCAAUGGUCCCUGCCACACAACAAAAGUGCUUGCAGUUCUGGUAUCACAUGUAUGGCCCUCAUGUUGACACUCUUAAUGUGUAUACAAAAGUAAACCAGCAACUCGGGUCACCCGUGUGGACAAGAAGUGGCACCCAGGGAAACAAAUGGAAACAUGCUACUCUUUCUCUGACUGUGUCAUCUAAAUUUAAGGUUGUUUUUGAGGGUCGCAGAGGUUCCAGCUGGGCUGGUGACAUCGCUCUAGAUGACAUAUCCAUGCAAGAUGGACAGUGUCCACCGCAGACUCAGUGUUCCUUUGAAGAUCAAAAGCUCUGUGGAUGGAAGAAUAUUAAUGGUGACAACUUUGACUGGACACGAGCCAAUGGCCUCACAGCCAGUUUAGGAACGGGUCCAUCACUUGACCACACCACAGGAACAGCUAAUGGUUACUAUUUGUACAUCGAGACCUCUUCACCUCGCUCAAAGGGGCAUAAGGCUUGGCUUGUGAGUCCACAGUUUAAAUCAACCAAUGGAAGAUGUCUCCAGUUCUGGUACCACAUGUAUGGCUCAACCAUUGGAACCCUAAAUGUUCUUCUACUACAAAACAAAACCCGCUCUUCUCCAAUCUGGAGCCUGUCUUCAAACCAAGGUGACAUCUGGAGAGUUGCCCAAGUCACACUCAACAGUGCUGUUGACUUUAGUGUAAUAUUUGAAGGCAUCACAGGCACAAGCUAUACUGGUGACAUUGCUAUUGAUGAUGUGGAGAUCAUGGAUGGUGCCUGUCCCUUACCUGGUGACUGUGACUUCGAGAAAGGUAUGUGCACAUGGGUUAACUCACCAAAUGUCUUAGAGGAUGAAUUUGAUUGGACGCGAGGAAGUGGUGGAACACCAAGUCAAUUUACAGGACCAAAGAUUGAUCACACAACGGGCUCAGCAAAAGGAAACUACCUGUUCAUAGAGACCUCACUCCCCAGAAGACGUGGAGAUCGUGCAAGGCUGGAAAGUGAAGUUUUCCCUGCAACUCCUAGCAAUGGCAGAUGCAUGCAGUUUUGGUAUCAUAUGAAUGGAAGCCAUAUUGGCACCUUGAAUGUGUACAUGAGAGUGUAUGGGCAGUCAGAGACAAAGUUAUGGUCACUCUCUGGUGAUCAAGGGACUGCGUGGAAAGCUGCUCGACUGCAAAUUCUAAGUGGUGGUCGCCAUUAUCAGAUCAUCUUUGAAGGCAUUCGUGGAGUUGAUUAUCAAGGUGACAUAGCGAUCGAUGACAUAACAUUUACUACAACUGUUGGUAAAUGUAUAACAAGUCCGGUCAGUGCAGUUCCAUUUGAUUGUAACUUUGAAAAUGGAAUAUGCUCUUGGAGCCAGUCUAUCACAGAUCGCUUCGAUUGGACAAGACAUAGGGGUUCAACAGGCAGUGUUCUGACAGGGCCCAGCAUCGACCAUACAACAGGCACACGUCAGGGCUGGUACGUCUACAUUGAAACAUCUUUUCCGAGGCAAGUUAAUGAUACUGCUCGCAUCCUUAGUCCAACAAUUAAAGCAGAUGGGUCCCAAAAAUCAAUUCACUGUGUGUCCUUCUGGUAUCAUAUGUAUGGACCUCAUGUGGACACGUUACGACUGUACCAGAAGGUUGGUUCUACCUUAGGGAAACCCAAGUGGGUAAGGCAAGGAGAUCAAGGAAAUCAGUGGAUACAGGGAGAGUACACAGUAGAACACAUCAAAGAUGUACAAAUUGUUUUCGAAGCAGUUCGAGGAGUAAGUUUCCGUGGAGAUAUUGCGCUUGAUGAUAUUUCACUGAAAGAUGGCAGCUGUCCCUCAUCAGGAAUGUGCAGUUUUGAAGCAGCUGACAUCUGCGGGUAUCAAAACAGCUAUGACACCACGGACAAAUUUAACUGGCUCCGAAGCAAUGGUCCAACUACUAGUAUUGGCACUGGGCCAGUGGCAGAUCACACCUAUGGGACUGUGUAUGGCCAUUACAUGUACACUGAGGUUUCUCCCUUAAACUUAAAUGCGGGUGACACAGCUCACCUGCGAAGCCCAAGAUAUCCAGCCACACAGGGUUCAUGCCUUCAGUUCUGGUAUCACAUGUAUGGCCGCACCAUUGGAACAUUGAAUGUAUAUGUCGAGACCUUCUCUAUAUUCAAGUCUAAAGUAUGGAGCAAAACAGGCAAUGACAGUAAUAUCUGGAAUGUAGCACAAGUAAACAUCAAGAGUCGUAUUGGAUAUCAGAUUGUUUUUGAAGGAGUAAAGGGAGCAAGCUAUACUGGAGAUAUAGCCAUUGAUGAUGUCAAAAUAAUGAAUGGCAGCUGUCCAUCACCUGGAGAUUGCUCGUUUGACGAUGGUAUGUGCACUUGGACUAACGCCCGAACUGGGGAUACAUUCGACUGGAUUGUAGGAGGUGGAAGAACACCAAGCUUUCUGACAGGACCUUCCAAAGACCACACAACAGGCUCUGGCCAGUAUAUGUUUAUCGAGACCUCAUCCCCGAGAGUGCCUGGCGACAAGGCAUAUCUCCUCAGUGAACCUUUUGACCCGACCUCCAGUAGUGGUAGAUGUCUACAGUUUUGGCAUCACAUGAAAGGAGCCUCAAUUGGCACCUUGAAUGUCUACAUAUACACCGGCAACUUCUCAACAAUGUCUCUGCUGUGGCAGAGAAUAGGAAAUAAGGGCGAUAACUGGUUGCUUGGACAAACGCCCAUAAGAAGCAGCGUCAAGUAUCAGGUUCUGUUUGAAGGUAUCCGUGGAAAUAGUUAUACCGGUGACAUAGCACUGGAUGACGUAAGCUUCACGGUUGGCGCGGCCAACUGCAGGUUGCAGCCUUAUGAUGCACUGCCUGUUAACAUGACAACUGCAGCUCCUCCUGUCACCACAUCUCCGUCUAUUACCCCAACCACAAUAGGAAAUCAAGGAAAUGACUGCAAUUUCGAAGUUGGGAUAUGCUCUUGGACUUUUGACUCCAAUGGAAAAUUUAACUGGACCCGUCACCAGGGCUCCACAGCAUCUUCUGGUACUGGACCCAAAUAUGAUCACACUUUAGGAAAUACGGGACAAGGCUACUAUAUGUACAUCGAGACAUCAUCUCCUCGCCAACCAAACGACACGGCUGGAUUGGUUAGUCCAAUUAUUCCGACGUCAGGACCAACUGCUUGUGUGCUGUUCUGGUACCAUAUGUUUGGACCUCACAUUGCUUCUCUUAACGUCUACGUGAAGGAUGGAAACAAUCCAAAAACUCUCACGUGGCAAAAAGUUGGCUCUCAGGCUGAUGAAUGGAAACAAGGACUUGUGCAAUUCAACACAACUCAAGGUUCCUACCAGGUUACUUUUGAGGGAGUACGUGGCUCUAGUUACCAAGGGGACAUCUCGUUGGAUGACAUUUCUUUCCAAAACAACAAUUGUCCAGCAGCAAGUGAGUGUACCUUUGAGGCCUUUGUGGGAUCAUUAUCACAUACUUGCGGCUGGACGCAAGAUACCACUGAUGACUUUCAAUGGACCCGUGCAAGUGGUUCCACUGCUAGUUACCAGACCGGGCCAGCAUUUGACCACACCUAUGGAACCAAACAGGGGUAUUACAUGUACAUCGAGACGUCUUAUCCAAGGAAACAGGGUGACAAAGCAAGGCUUAUUAGCCCCACUUACCCUGCUGUUAAGGGAGGCCAGUGCUUCCAAUUCUGGUACCACAUGUAUGGCCAAGACAUUGGCACACUUAAUGUGUACGUGAAGUCACCAUCGGGUAAACCUGGCGUGCCAGUGUGGCUUAGGUCGGGUGAUCGUGGAAAUAUCUGGAAGAUUGCUCAGGUUACAGUCACUUCAAGCUCUAAUUUCCAGAUUGUGGUAGAGGGUGUAGCAGGCAAGAGCUACAAGGGGGAUAUUGCUGUUGACGAUAUGAAGUUAAUCAAGAGCCCUUGUCCAUUACCAGGUGACUGUGAUUUUGAAAGUGGAAUGUGCACCUAUACUAACACCCCGACUGAAGAUCAGUUUGACUGGCUGAGAAAUGCAGGAGCAACUCCAAGCUGGAGGACGGGCCCAAAGGUGGAUCAUACUCUGGGGACUGGUUUAGGUCAUUACAUGUACAUAGAAACAUCAUCACCUCGUAGGCAAGGCGACAAGGCUCGUCUUGUCAGUGAGGACUUCUCACCAGUCACAAUCCAUGGAAGAUGUGUGAAGUUCUGGUAUCAUAUGUAUGGUGCUUCAAUUGGCACGCUUAGAAUUCUGGAGAAAACUGGUCCAGGAAACAAAUCAGAAAGUGUCAUUUGGGAGGUCAGUGGAAACUUUGGUGACCAGUGGUACAGUGGACAGGCCCCUAUUACAAGUGGUUCUCCUUACCAGGUGGUCUUUGAGGCUGUGAGAGGAAGUAGCGUCAGUGGUGACAUCGCAAUCGAUGACAUCACAUUCUCUACAUCAAAAUGCUCUGUUGUGCCUUCCUUGGCGGUGCCCCCCACUCCACCACCCACCAAACCCCCUCCCAUCAUCAACAACUGUACUUUUGAAGGAGGGUUCUGCUCCUGGAAAAACCUGAAUGGAGAUGAUUUCGAUUGGACAAGGAGCAGGGGAUCAACGGCUUCGUGGAGCACAGGACCGACUGUUGAUCACACGAAAGGAACUUCUCAAGGUUACUAUGUUUACAUCGAGACAUCCUCUCCGCGUCGUCAGAACGACAAGGCACAGCUCCAAAGUGGCUUGAUACAGCCAACCACGGUCACCUCAGGACGAUGCCUGAAGUUUUGGUUCCAUAUGUGGGGUCAACACGUGGACACCCUUAAUGUCUACCGUAAAGAUAGCUCUUCACAAGUCAGAAUUUGGACUCGAAGAGGAACACAAGGUAACAAGUGGAGAUAUGCCCAAGUGAACCUGAUAAGCAACCAGCCGUUCUAUGUCAUUUUCGAAGGGGUUCGUGGUAGUAGUUACAUGGGAGACAUCGCCCUCGAUGAUUUGGAUGUUGCAGAUGGGCCUUGUCCACCUCCAAAGGCUUGUGACUUUGAAACUGACAUGUGCUUAUGGAAAAAUACAGUGGGCGAUAGUUUUAAUUGGCAGCGUGACAGUGGGGGGACACCGUCCUUGGGGACAGGACCUUCGUCCGAUCAUACCACUGGAACGAGCAAUGGUUACUACAUGUAUAUCGAGACAUCCUCCCCUCGCCAACAAGGCGACGUCGCAUGGCUCAUCAGUCCCAAGUACACAGGAGCACAGAAUGGCAAAUGCUUGAAUUUCUGGUACCAUAUGGCUGGGCCUCAUAUUGGCCAACUGAAUGUGUAUGUCAAAACAUUUGGCUCCCCGUCGAUGGGUUCAAAGGUUUGGAAUGAGACUGGUGACCAGGGUAAUUUCUGGCUGCAUGCCAGAGCACCUGUUAAGAUCAGUGGAGAUUUCCAGAUUUUGUUUGAAGGAAUCAGAGGCCAGAGUUAUAAGGGCGAUAUUGCAAUUGAUGACUUGAGCAUUGAUGACAGCCCCUGUCCACCAGAAGGAAGUUGUGACUUUGAGAAAAAGAGUUUCUGUGCAUGGCUCAAUGUACCUAAUGGUAAUAGGUCUUCGGGUCUGGAUGAUUUUGAUUGGACUCUGGGAAGUGGCAGCACACCGAGUUACCAAACGGGACCGUCGAGUGAUCACACGACUGGAUCCGCCGUCGGAACUUACGCUUUUAUUGAAACAUCAAGUCCUCGAAAGUCAGGUGAAAUAGCCAGAUUGAGAAGUAAAAUGUUCGCUUCCACUACUGGAAAGUGCAUGUCAUGGUGGUUCCACAUGUAUGGUGCAACCGUUGCCAACCUUAAUAUCUACAUGAAACAAGUUGGCAAGCCAGAGAGUUUGGUUUGGAACCUCAACGGCUCACAGGGCAAUGUCUGGCGCAAAGCAGAGGUGACAGUAACCAGCAGGACAAGCUAUCAGAUAAUUUUUGAAGGUGUAAGGGGAAAAGACUACCAUAGCGACAUCGCCAUAGACGACAUUUUGUUCGACGAUGGCUACUGUAUAGGACUGUGUUCUUCUGUCAAUUCUCAGCAGCGAGUAGACUGUGGUUAUGUUGGUAUCACCAAGGCAACCUGUGUGGGUCUGCGAAGAUGUUGUUGGGACGAUUCUGUUCCGAACGUUCCGUACUGCUUUUAUCAUCCCAGUGCAUGCAAGAGUGUCAAGCCGGCGAUGAGGCAAGACUGUGGCUACGCUGGAAUCUCGUCAACUCAGUGCCAGUCUCGCGGUUGCUGCUGGGAUAGCUCUGUUCCAAACGUUCCCUGGUGCUUCCACGGACCCAGCAGGCCAACACCUUUCCCCACCACCCCAGCCCCACCCACAACGCUGCCACCAUCCAAAUGGGACUGCAAUUUCGAGCAAGACUUCUGCAACUGGAACAACUCUAAGGAGGACGACUUCAACUGGUGGAGACAGUCCGGUGGUUCACCUUCUAUUGGAACCGGUCCAACAGCGGAUCACACAACCGGAAGUAAAAAAGGUUACUAUGUGUAUAUAGAAACAUCGUGGCAAAGGCAGAACGACACAGCUAUUCUCGAGAGUGCAGUGGUUCCUGCAACAAUCGGCAAACCUAACAACAUGGUUUGCUUACAGUUUUGGUAUCAUAUGCAUGGGCAGCAUGUAGAUACAUUGAACUUGUAUCUAAAACGAGGACAACAGAUUCCUGCUCAACCAGUGUGGACUAAAAAUGGCACCCAGGGGAACAGUUGGAAACUGGGCCAAGUUGCUGUGACGAGCAGUACACCUUUCCAGUUUGCUUUUGAAGGGAAACGUGGUGAAAGCUACCAAGGCGAUAUAGCUUUGGAUGAUCUUCGUGUUUUGGAUGGUUCUUGCCCUCUCCUGCCCUUAUGUGACUUUGAGGAUCCUAAGAUCUGUGGCUUCACCCAAGACCAAGGAGACAUCUUUGAUUGGACGAAAGGAAGUGGUAACACGACCUCAGUCAGAACCGGGCCAUCAUUUGAUCAUACUUCCGGCACUGCAUUCGGUAGCUACAUGUACAUAGAGACGUCAUCACCUCGCAAACCUGGAGACUACGCCCGCCUGGAAUCUCCUACUUAUAGCGUAACAGAUGGUAAUGGAAAGUGUUUGGUAUUCUGGUACCAUAUGUAUGGAAGUGGAAUUGGUAGACUUAAUGUGUACAUCAAACGUGGCAACACCCUUGGGUCGAGAGUUUGGACGGCAUCUGGCAAUCAUGGGAAUAGAUGGCUAAGAGGAAUGAUAACAGUACAAAGUCCAAACACUCAGUGGAAGGCUGUGUUCGAAGGCAUCAGAGGGCGUGGUUAUCGAGGAGACAUUGCUAUUGACGACACCAAUGUCAAAAGUGGCCCCUGCCCACCACCCGGUUCGUGUGAUUUCGAAAAAGGUUUAUGCGCGUAUCAGAAUGACUUGGUGGAUGACGUUUUUGAUUGGGAGAGAAACUCCGGCCACACUAGAAGCAUUGGAACUGGACCAUCUGUUGAUCACACAACUAAUUCUGUUAAUGGUCACUACAUGUACAUCGAAGCGUCUGCACCACGAGUGAAAGGAGAGACUGCCAGGCUCGUGUCAGAUCGAUUUAAAAUCGCGGACGGCCAUAACUGGUGCUUGAAGUUCUGGUACCACAUGUAUGGUAACAGUGUCGGGGCUCUUAAAGUGAAGCUGAAAAUGUAUCCAUUUAACCCCAGUAAGCCCUACUACAACACUAAAUGGGCUGAUCAGUACAACCACGGGGAUAGUUGGUUGUUUCAACAAAUACAGCUUAACAGUGCCGAUGACUUUGAGGUUGUAUUUGAAGCUUCAGUUGGUGCCUCCUACGACGCUGAUAUUGCCAUUGAUGAUAUUGACGUGACAAAGGGGUACUGUCCAAGUCCAACUCCUACUCCCACACCCAACGCAUGCGCUGUGAAGUGCAAGUCUGGCAAAUGCGUCAGUUCAACCAAUGUGUGCGACUUUAUCAAUGACUGUGGAGUGGGUGAUAAUACUGACGAGCAGAACUGUGGGGACUGUACAUUUGAAACAGGACAAUGUGGCUGGAAUGACACCAGUAAAGGCGCAUUCGACUGGAAAAGAGAUCAGGGCGGCACACCAUCCAAAAACACUGGACCAAGUGUGGAUCACACGAUAGGCACUGCACUCGGUCACUAUAUGUAUGUAGAGGCUUCGCAAGGUAAUUCGUGGGAUCUGGCGCGUUUUGAAAGCACUUGGUUGCAACAGUCUGCAUCAACUUGCGUGGUUAGCUUUUGGUACCACAUGUAUGGCAGUGGAAUCGGUACACUGUAUGGUUAUAUUAAAGUUGGACAGAUUUACACGAGAUUGUUUGAAGAAUGGGGUAACAAAGGUAACAAGUGGAUCCAAGGAAAACUGUACGUUGGCCGUCACUCAGGACCGUUCAAGGUCAUUUUUGAGGCAGAGAGGAGCUACAAUGUUUUUGGUGAUAUAGCUAUAGAUGAUGUUAGCUUCGAGAAUUGUACCCUGCCUCCUGUUGUUAGCAAUUGUAAGAGAGGUCAACAUCGAUGUGCCAGAGGUUCCUGCAUUGAUCCAGGGCGUCUCUGUGAUUAUACUGACGACUGUGGUGAUAACUCAGAUGAAGUCAACUGUUACAGUUACAACUAUAGGUGUACCUUUGAGCAAUCUUUAUGCCGGUGGAAUCAACUGUCUGAUGAUGACUUUGACUGGACGAGAAACCAAGGGUCUACAGGUUCUUACGGAACGGGACCUAUGUUCGACCACACUCUUGGCAGCUCAGCCGGAUCUUACCUUUACUCGGAAGCUUCUUGGCCACGUAAAAAAGGCGACAAAGCUCGUUUGGCAAGUGGAUUUAUAAGCGCUUUGCCCCAAGGUGACACCUCUUGCAAGUUGAGGUUCUAUUUUCACAUGUUCGGAGCCGCCAUUGGUUCCCUGAAUAUCUACACCCGGCCGUGUAACGGUUGUGCAGAGACUCUUGUGUACACGAGAUCAGGCAAUGUGGGCAACUUUUGGGAUCGCGCCGAGGUUUCCCUUCCGAGCACUGUCCCAUUCCAAGUUGUUAUUGAAAGUGUCCGCGGUACAAGCUAUCAAGGUGACAUUUCCAUUGAUGACCUGUCAAUGACCCAGUUCUGUCGCUCCUAUAAUGGACCAAUUCCAACAGCGCCUCCGCCAACCACAGCAGCCCCAACUGUCCCAGUAUGCCCAGGCUUUAGAUUCAAGUGUUCCAAUGGACCUUGUAUCGACUGGGGAUAUGUGUGUGACUAUAGGGAUGACUGCGGAGAUGGCUCAGAUGAAGUUAACUGUGGUCCUUGUGAUUUUGAAUCUGGCUUGUGUAAUUGGAAAGAUACCAGUCUGGGGGUGUACCAGUGGAGCAGAAACAAAGGUUCAACCGUGGCAACGGGCACAGGACCCAGCAUUGACCACACCUGCGGAAAUACUUCGUGUUACUACGCCUAUGUCCACUCCGGUGCGGGGUCAUUCUUCGAUAAUGCUAUUCUUCAAAGUCCUAACAUGACCAAGACAGGAGCAGGUUGUAUAGUGAGGUUUUACUAUCACAUGUACCUCAAGAGCGGCAGUGCCUGGACUGGAUCGCUGUACUUAAAGCUUAGCUACAAGGGAUCCACCUCUAACAUCUUUGAAGUAUCCGGUAGCAAGGGUGACAAGUGGCAAAUGGCAGAAGUUGGAUUGGGUCAUUUGGAUAAAGGUCAUAUCUGUGAUUUCUCUGAUGAUUGUGGUGAUGAGAGCGAUGAACUACCCUCAACUUGCGCAACAUAUAAGGAAAGAUGCAACUUUGAAAGAGACCUCUGUAGCUGGACCCAAGACACUGACGACAUCUUUGACUGGACGAGACAAAGUGGUGGAACGACGUCAUGGCUGACAGGCCCUGGCAGAGAUCAUACCACAGGCACGACAAAGGGUUUCUAUGUGUACAUAGAGACAUCAUCCCCAAGGAAAGCUAAUGAGACAGCUCGAUUAAGCAGUGUGGUGUUCAGGCCCUCUGGGCCGAAUGACAGUUGUUACCUGCGCUUCUGGUACCACAUGUUUGGACAAGACGUGGAUUCCCUUAACAUCAAUUUUAGAACAUCGGUGACAGGAACGUUGAAGGGAAUCUGGAACUUGACAGGUGAACAAGGUGACAUCUGGAGGCGAGCCGAGAUCCUUUUAGUAAGUGCAGUGAAUUUCCAAGUGGUGAUUGAAGGAACAAGCGGUCCAGGUUAUCAAGGGGACAUCGCUCUGGAUGACAUCUCAUUCACGCCAAACUGUCGCCCAGAUACCACCGCGACAAUUUCACCAGACCCUCCCACUGGAACACCACCUACCGGCUGUGACGUUGGGCAAUUCAGAUGCUCGAAUGGACAAUGCAUAAGUAGCAGAAAAGUCUGUAAUUUCCGCGCAGACUGUCGUGAUAAGUCAGAUGAAGUCAGCUGCCCAACGAAAUGUGACUUCCAGAAAGACUUCUGUAAAUGGACGAACGCUCAGGCUGGAGAUCAUUAUGACUGGAUUCGUAACAAGGGUCCAACGCCCUCUAAACUCACGGGACCCUCGGCGGAUCACACUCUCAACACAUCAACAGGCUACUAUAUCUACACCGAAGUCACCAACCGCACAGGCUUCCGUGCUGAUGCACAUUUGGUCAGUCCGUUCUUUAGACAGGCUGGUAAAACUUGUAAGUUCAAGUUCUGGUAUCAUAUGUUUGGUCCAAACAUCGGAUAUCUGCAGGUCUAUUAUCGUAGGAAUUCACGUGAUCAACGGCUGUUUAAUAUCUAUGGCAACCAGAACAAUCAAUGGAAGCAGGGUAGCGUGGAUGUUCCAAGAUGUGCAAAUGACUUCCAGAUGGUUUUUAUGGCCAAACACUACUCAGGCGGCAGUCUUGGUGAUAUAGCCCUGGAUGAUAUCAGUUUUGAGAACUGCGCUCAGCCCCUUCCACCCAGCAGCUGUAGAGGCAGCAAUGCAUUCCGGUGCGAUAGUGGACACUGCAUUGAUCAGUCAGUCAAAUGCGAUUUUGAACCGGACUGUUGCGAUAGCUCUGAGGAGAAAAAUUCGACCUGUGUGAACUACAACAGAUGUAACUUUGAAGGAGGCCUCUGUGACUACAUGCAGCUUGCAAACGAUACGUUUAACUGGAGGAGGCAGUCGGGUCGAACAGGCUCGUACGGAACUGGGCCAACUUAUGAUCAUACUACAAAGUCUCCUCUUGGCUAUUACAUGUACAUUGAAGCAUCCUCGCCGCGCAAGAAGGGUGACAAUGCCAUGAUCGGGAGCGCUGUAUUUAAGCCAACAUCAAGCGCAUGCUUAGUAAGGUUCUUCUACCAUAUGUAUGGCAGCCAUAUCGGAACACUUAACAUUUAUACAAGAACGAGUACCACUGGUGCAAUGAAUAGAGUCUGGACACUAAGUGGAGACCAAGGUGACCAGUGGAUUAGAGGAAAUGCUACCAUAAAUGUGAACCAAAACUUCCAGGUUAUAUUUGAAGCUGUGGUUGGCACAUCCUAUAGAGGAGACAUCGCCAUAGACGACAUAACAUUCACACCUCAGUGCGUUGUUGGUGGCUCAAUCCCAGGUUUACCAACACCGUCACCUACUCCAACCUCGGCGCCAGUCUUCAAAUGUGCUAAAGAUCAGUACUGUGGCUCUCCUUGUGCUUUCACAAAGGAUAUGUGCAACUGGAUUAACUCCAAUUUGGACAACUUUGAUUGGACGCGACAUCGAGGUUGUACUGCAAGUAUCAGUACUGGUCCAUGUACUGACGCCGACAAGAAUCCUUCUGGUUACUACUUAUACAUUGAAACAUCAACGGGUAUAGUUGGAUCGAAGGCUGUGCUUGUUAGUCCCCAGUACCAGCAGGCCUACAGUAACUGUAAACUGAAAUUCUCGUACCACAUGUAUGGAAGCACUGUCGGUAGCCUGGCUGUAUUCCUCAACGAUGGCACCUCCAGGACAAGAAUGAUGAUGCUCAUUGGCAACCAAGGGAACCAGUGGUUUCAAACGGUCGUAUCUAUCGGACGUCGUAAGACCCCAUUCACAAUUGAAUUCGAGGCAAUGCGUGGAGUUUCUUGGGAUGGGGACAUUGCUAUUGAUUCCAUUUCGUUGCUAAGCUGUAAAAAGCCCACUCAAUGUAAAGGUUCUCUUCCUUCAGAUACUCAGAGGUGCACAAACGGUGCUUGUGUUAAGAAGAAUCUCCUCUGUGACUUCUCCGACGAUUGCGGGGACAAUUCCGAUGAAACUUCGUGCAGUAACUACUUGGCACGCUGCGACUUCGAAAAGGAUACGUGUUCUUGGAUACAACAAUCUGAUGAUGAAUUCGACUGGAGUAGGAGGAAAGGACCAACUCCAUCUCUCUCUACAGGUCCCGCGCGAGAUCAUACUUUUGGAACUUUGGCAGGUUAUUACAUGUACAUCGAGACAUCAGGAAAGAAAUUUGGAGACCGCGCCAAACUUGGCAGCCCCAAUUUGAAAGGGCAGUGUACUCUGCGCAUGUGGUAUCACAUGUAUGGUGUGCACGUCAACGAUCUUGUAGUCUACAUGCGCAAUACGUCUGAUGGACCACUCCAAAGAGUUGGUAAUUUGUCUGGCAAUGUAGGAGACAACUGGAUAAGAACUGAGCUGAAAAUGAGUAACGGCAAUCAACCAUAUCAAAUUGUCAUUGAAGCUGUGAGAGGGAAUGGCUACAGGGGAGACAUAGCCAUUGAUGAUCUUAGCAUUGCCAUGAAGCCUAGCUGUCAGUUGUACGGCGGGUCACUGCCUGCUGUUGGUUCAACUGUGAGUCCAGUCACAACAGCAUAUCCUAACAACUGUCAGAGUAAUCAGUUCGGCUGCGUCAGUGAUGGCAAAUGUCUUCAGCUUGGUCAGGUCUGCGACUUUAACAAGGAUUGUGCUGAUGGCUCCGAUGAAAGAAAUUGCCCGACCAAAUGUACUUUUGAAAGCAACCAGUGUGGCUGGGUAAACACAGAUAAAGACAACUUUGACUGGAAGCGCAAGCAAGGCCGAACUCCAAGCUAUGGUACCGGUCCUUCCGUUGACCACACGACGGGAACAAAUCAAGGAUAUUACAUGUACAUCGAGACUUCGUAUGGUACCGUUGGUGACCGUGCAAGAAUGCUCAGUCCUGUUUUCAAGAAGGCUCACUCUAACUGUAAGAUGACAUUCUGGUACCACAUGUAUGGUUCGUCCAUUGGCUCUUUGAAUGUUUACCUCAAUAUCAGCAACAAAUUAACUCUUUGGUGGAGGAAGUAUGGUAACAAAGGCAACCAAUGGCUGCAGGGAACUGUGGGAAUUGGGAAGCAGAUGCAGGCUUUCCAAAUUCUCUUUGAAGCGACCCGAGGCAGAAGUUUCUCGGGAGACAUCGCUCUUGAUGACAUCCAGUUUGUUGACUGUGCACUUCCUCCGGUGACCAGCAGCUGUUCCGAAUUCGCCUGUACACGGAAAUCCUGUGUCAAGCAGGACUAUGUCUGUGAUUACAAUGACGACUGUGGUGACAAUUCAGACGAAAAAGCUUGUGGUACUUACACAACACGGUGCGACUUCAGUCAGGGACCUUGCGACUGGACCCAAAGUACUGAGGACGACUUUGAUUGGUUACGAAGACGAGGUGCCACAGCUUCUUGGAAUACUGGCCCACCUUCAGAUCACACCACACAGACUGGCUAUUACAUGUACAUCGAAACUUCUUGGCCUCGAAAGUAUGGCGACAAGGCCUGGAUGGUAAGCCGAAACUUCCAAGCACUCAUUCCCGGCUCAAAUCCCUGCAAGCUCCGGUUCUUCUACCAUAUGUAUGGGGACUCGGCUGAGAAGUUUUCCUUGUACAUCAGGACUACUCGAAAUGGAACCAAUAUGCAGAACGUGUGGAGCAAAGUUGGUUCACAAGGAGCUGUGUGGAACAGAGCUGUCGUGACCCUGGCUUCAGACAAAAACUUCCAAGUGAUAUUUGAGGGUAUGCGAGGCGAUAGCUACACUGGUGACAUUGGUUUGGAUGAUGUUUCCUUCACAACUGACUGCAAGCCAUAUGGUGGAGAUCUUCCCGAUGCCCCAUCGCCCACACCGACUCCUUCAGGAGGACCCACUCAGUCACAUCAGUGUAGCAGCGCAGAGUUCAAUUGCGCGAAACAGGGGCCUGCUGCUUGCAUCCGAAGCACGCAGGUCUGCAACUUCCAAAACGACUGUCAAGAUGGAUCAGACGAAGGCAACUGUGCAAAGACUCGCUGUACUUUUGACAGUGGGGACUUAUGUAAUUGGUAUGUGGAUAACCCUACACGGAAACGGCGUGAUGUGGCCUACACCUGGCUAGCUCAGCAGGGUGCUACAGGCACGGCCCUUACGGGACCCACAAUAGACCACACGACAGGUACUACAGCAGGAUGGUAUAUUUACGCAGAGAGCUCUGGAGGUUCUAAUGGUGAUAGGGCACUACUCUCCACAACCCGGAUCGGUCAAACUGGACCGCAAUGUGUUCUGUCGUUCUGGUACCACAUGUAUGGACGAUCGGUAGGAACUCUGUCAGUCAAGCUGUCCUUCUUAGAUGGAACACAACCCGUUAUCUGGACCAAGUCUGGUGACCAGGGCAACUCUUGGCUACAAAGCCGCUUGGUGAUCGGAUCAAGACAACUGUUGAAGGUCAUCUUUGAAGCAAAGCGGGGCACCGGUUACCAGGGGGAUAUCGCUUUGGAUGAUAUAGAAUUCAUGAAAUGUCAGCCGCUGGACACCACAAAGAAGUGUACCGUGGAUGAAUUCCAGUGUGCACAAGGAGGCUGCAUCCCAAAGACAUCACUAUGUGACUUCAGUGCUGACUGUAUGGCUGGGGAUGUAUCAGAUGAGGCCACCUGUUCUGCUUACAAGUCUGGACAAUGUGAUUUUGAACAUGGUCUAUGUCUGUACUCACAGAGUUCUGAUGACAAAUUUGACUGGACUACAUCCACUGAUGGUACAUUCUCCUACGGUACCGGCCCUUCAUCUGACCAUACAACUCAGACAAACAAAGGUCGGUACAUGUACAUCGAGACUUCAUGGCCUCGCAGACCCGGAGACAAUGCCCGUUUGAACUCACCCAUCUUAAGGAGUACUUCAUCCAACUGUUACCUCCGAUUCUACUACCAUAUGAAGGGUAGUCAUAUUGGCAGCCUUCUCGUAAGAACACGCACAAGCUACUACGUAGGAGGUCUUUCCAAUCCUAUAUUGAACAUUACAGGACCACAGGGUGACUUCUGGUACCGCGGAUUGGUUCAAGCACCUUACAGUCAGAAUGACUACCAGUUCGUCAUAGAAGGAGUGAGAGGCAAUGGAUACCAGGGUGAUAUUGCGAUUGAUGACGUUUCCCUCACGCCUGGUUGUCAGAUAUGCAAGGAUUGCACCAUGCCAGGUCAGCCAACACCGACUCCAUUUGGUUUCCACUCGCGGCCCACUGGGACCUCUUGCGGUGCCCAGCAGUAUGUCUGUAAGAACCUCAAAUGUGUGGACAAGGCUCAGAUAUGUAACUUCAAAAAUGACUGUGGAGACAACUCCGAUGAAAUCCCCUGCGGCUCGAAUUGCACAUUUGAGGAUGAUUGCUGGAGGGGCUGGAGACAAUCUACCGGUACUGACAACUUUAACUGGAGGCGGAAGAAUGGACAGACACCGAGUGUUGGAACGGGCCCUACCAAUGACCACACUCUGGGAACGGCCCAGGGCUACUACAUGUAUAUUGAAACAUCACGCGCGAAUCUCGGUGACAAAGCAGAGUUGACAUCGUUCAGGUAUUUUGCUUCAAGUCCCAACUGUAAGAUGACAAUAUGGUAUCACAUGUAUGGAUCAGGCAUUGGAGUGUUUGAGGUCAAGGUCAAGAAAUCCGAUGGAACGUAUGAUUACAAGUAUACAUUGAGAGGAAAUCAGGGAAAUGCUUGGAAAAAAGCGGACAUAGAUAUUGGUGCAUACAGGAACUUUGUGAUCAUUAUUCAAGCCACCCGUGGAUCAAGCUGGCAAGGUGAUAUUGCCAUCGACGACAUCUCUUUCAGCAAUUGCUUCUCUGAUGUCACAAGGAACUGCACUCAGAAUGAAGUGAAAUGCAAAGACAGUGGUCAUUGUGUAACAGAACAAAGAGUUUGCGAUCAUGUCAAAGAUUGUAAGGAUGGUACUGAUGAAAGUCAGUGUUCCAGUCGAAAAGCCAGUUGCGACUUUGAAAUCAACUGGUGUGGCUGGUUCAACUACUACUAUGACGACUUUAAUUGGCUUCGUCAAAGACAGAUCGGAACGACUGGAACAGGUCCAAAAGGAGACCACACCACUGGGAGUGGUUGGUUCAUGCACAUAGACUCGUCAAGUCCAAGGCAGCUUUUAGACAGAGCGAAACUUGCAAAUGGUAAUUUGUUCCCGGCCGGCCGCGGAGUUUGUACUCUACGAUUUUACUACAACAUGUAUGGAUCACAGAACAUGGGAUAUCUGAAGGUCCACUUGCUUACUAAUUGGUACUCGAACUGGAGGGAAGUCUGGAAAACGAGAGGUGAUCCUACCAAUCAAAACUGGGUGCGUGCAGAGGUCAAGCUAGACUCCUACUCGUCGUUUAGGGUUGGUUUUGAAGGUAUCGUUGGCGGAGAUGACAAGACUGAUAUUGCAUUGGAUGAUAUAAGCUUUUCUGCCGGCUGCUACAAGGGAGGCAUUCCGCCUGCACCAACAGGUGCUGCACAAUGCACCAGUAACCAGUUUUACUGCAGUGCAGACGACCUGUGCAUCAAUAUUAACUGGAAGUGUGACGGAGAGCAGGACUGUACUGAUGGCGAAGAUGAACUCAAGUGUCCACCACCUUCACCGCAACCAACCCCUCCACCUGGAUCAUCUCAUCCCGCAGACUGCAACUUCGAUAAAGACUACUGUUUGUGGGAGUCUGCAAAGUUUGCUGAUAUGAGAUGGCUGCGAAACCAAGGCCAGACACCUAGCUGGAACACUGGCCCCAGUGCUGAUAAAAGUGGCGCAGGUUACUACGUUUACGCUGAAGCCACAGGCUACUAUUUGGGCCACUUUGGAGAGCUUUUGGGUCCAAAUUUGUUACCAUCUACAACGUGCCAAGUUUUCUUCUGUUACAAUAUGAAUGGAAAAGACAUGGGAACCCUAAAUGUUUACCAGCGCUUUACUAAUGAUGCCAAACCUGACAUGACCCAAAAGAAAAUCUGGUCGAAGAGUGGUGACCAGGGCAACAAAUGGCGCUGCGAUUAUGCCAAUAUUCCGAGUAAAGUGCAAUUUUCAGUUGUCUUUGAAGCUAUACGGGGCGCCGGCUAUCAAUCAGACAUCGCCGUGGAUAAUAUCCAGUUCGUCAAGUGCGGAAAUCUUGGGCCGACUCCAGCUCCAACACCAAAACCCAAACCGUCCAUCAUGGAUGACGAUUUUGAGAAAUGCGUCAGCUGUUGGUCUAAUGAGCAGGAUGGCCACGACCAGAUGGAUUGGAUUGUUGGACGUGGGGAAACUGCUAGCCAGAAUACAGGUCCUUCUUACGACCACACCAAAAAAAGCAUUUUAGGGCGCUAUCUUUACAUUGAUGCCUCCAGUGUCUCGUCAUCGGGCUGGUACCAUGCCGAUUUGGAGAGCAGGCUGCUUGUUGUUGACCGAAAGUGUUACAUGUCUUUCUGGUAUCAUAUGUAUGGCUCUGGGGUGGGCUCGCUGUGGAUUGUCGCCUAUGCGUUUUCCGAUCCUAACAAUUUGAUUGAUCACAAACAGGUCGACUUGUGGUAUGAGUGGGGUAACCGUGGUAACAAGUGGCAACAUGGCAUGGUGAGUAUCUACAAUCCGGAGACGGCCAAUAAGACAGUUAGAAUUGUGAUCAGUGGGGUCAGAGGAUGGGACUACAAUGGAGACAUAGCAAUAGAUGACAUAGAGUUCCACAACUGCAAGUUUAAUGAUGAGAUAACACCAUGCACAGAAACCUUUCCAAAGUGUAAUGAUAACCCGUUCACCCGUCCAACGCUUGGUCCGCUAUCCGGUGACUGUAAUUUUGAGCACGGUACUUGCCACUGGAACAACACAGCCGUCAACGAUAUGCCGUGGUAUCUUAGAGAGGGCAAAACUUCCAGUACGAACACCGGUCCAGCGGUUGAUCACACCACAGGAACAUCAAGCGGUUAUUACAUGCAUAUUGAGGCCAGUUGGUAUGUCAAGGGCGCUGUUGCCAUCUUGGAGGGUCCUUACAUGAUGCCUACCUCAAACUGCAAGAUGACGUUUUACUACCACAUGUCCGGCCCUGACACAGGCUCACUUACAAUCUUCGUGAACAGUGGAGAUGAAAUGAAGGUGAUAUUGAACAAGACUGGCCACCAGGCUGACAAUUGGAUCAAAGGUGAAGCAACGGUGAAGAGUGAUUACGCCUUCCGAAUUCACAUCACUGCCACACGAGGAGAUGGUUACCAAGGAGACAUUGCCAUAGACGACAUUAAAUUUCAGGGUCAAUGUUCCUUCACAGACGACCAGGCCUUGAGAUACGGCGACAAAGCCCUGAAAACGGGUUGUUCUGACGGUGGACGAGAAGGUUUCUUUCAGCAUCCGACUGUGGCCGGCUGCAAAGGUUAUUGGUGGGGACGUAAAAACCUCCGAGCCAAGCCUUCCUAUGUUGGUGCCACGUGCGGAGAUGACGUCGGGCGUUGGGGUCGUUGGUGUGGCCAACCUGCUGACCUGUGCGAAGAUGGUUGGCAUGUCUGUGGAACUUUUGGAGACGUUUUCGAAAUUGUCAACCGAACGAACGGUGUGGAUUGCCAGAGAGCUGGUUAUGGUCAUUUCAGCGCCGGUAUUAACCACUGUAAGACCAACAGUGGAGGAGGCGACGGCUGCAAGCGAGUAAAAACUGGAUUAGAUUAUGGUUGUGGUCAAUACCACGACUCGUGCUCAGAACCGCUUUGCUGCGGCUUUGGUUGCAAAGGUCCAGACUCCUGUGACUCAGGUGUUUUCAAACGCCAGACGAUGUACACGCCCGCUGCUGGCAAUCUAGAGGGUUGUUCGUUCAUGUCAGUAAGUAAUUCAGGCGGCAUCAUGUGCUGCAAAGACGACAGUACCACUCCUACCUACCCCCCGACGAAUGCACCAACUAAAGGUUCAUGUGACUUCGAAAGAGGCAUGUGUGAUUGGAUUGUUGAUUCAACUGCCCCUGCAAGUUUUACACGAAACCAGGGAGAGACACAAAACAGAAACACCGGUCCACGCUAUGAUCACACUAAACAGGAUGCGACUGGGUACUAUCUUUACAUGGAUUCAUCUCAAGCGCAGCCCAAAGACACAGCCAGGGUCUCUUACACCUUCACAAGUGUAUCAGAGUCUUACUGCCGGAUGAGUUUCUUCUACCACAUGUACGGCACUGGCAUGGGUGUGUUGCGUGUGUUUGUUGAACCCAAAGAUGGACAACGUACCGAGGUUUGGAAAAAGGCUGGAAACCAGGGUGACGGCUGGUAUAGAGGUGUGCACAACUUCACGGAACUGAUUAAGAACAAGACAGCUUUCACCGUCAGUUUUGAGGCAGAGCGUGGUCCAACCACGGCUAGUGACAUAGCGAUUGAUGACAUCACCUUUUCAUCCUGCACACAUACGCCACCAGGUCAGUGUAAGCGUGACGAAUUCCGAUGUAAGAGUGGAGAAUGUAUCAAGUCGGCCUUCGUUUGUGACCAAUACCCAGAUUGUAAAGACCACUCAGACGAGGGAGCAGAAGCUAACUGUGCCAACCGUAAUUGUGGUCAUUUCCAGAUUUAUUGCCCAGCUGAUGGAAAAUGCCUAAACAAGACUCUGCAAUGUAACGGCAAGUCUGAUUGUACGGAUGGAAGUGAUGAAUCACAUUGUGCAUGUACCGAAAGCUAUUGUAUCAAUGGAAAGUGUCAACUAGACAACUUUGGGCGUCCGGAUUGUGUAUGCGAUGCCAAUUACAACGGUGCAAGAUGUCAGAACUGUACCAGUUGUGAGUGUCCUAAAGAUCAAAUCCAGUGCAAAAUUGGCAAGUGGUUCUGCACGACCAAGGAAAAAAUAUGUUCUAGAAGCGUUCAGUGUGGCCUUAGUCCCGUUGAGUUUGUCAAGCUUUGCCAAGCUUGCACAUCACAUUACUGUGUAAAGGGAAAUUGCAAGAUGGUAGAUGGAAAUCCGACUUGCGAGUGCACCACUUCUGACUAUGUCGGCCAACGAUGUGACACUUGCAAUCAAAAAAAUGGCUUGGUGAAUUGUGGAACAAAUGGCAAAUGUGUGAAGAUAGAUCAGAUCUGUGACCAGAGCAUAUCGUGUCCGAAAAAUAAAUCAGAGAUCCGCAACUUAUGUGGAAGCUGCGAAGACCAGAAGUCUUUCUGCCCUGAAGGAGCAGAAUGUAAGGCGGACGAUAAAGGGUUUAUGGCCUGUCUAUGUCCAUUUGAUAGGAACGGACGAAAAUGUGAGAAUCAGAUUCCAAACAACUGUACAAAUCAGAUACCUUCACUUCAGCCUUGCCUUGGAAAAUGCGUGGAGAAAGCAGUCAUUUGUUCUCGCAACCAGACUUGUAACUACCCUGAAGAUCAGAUCAAAUUCAACUGUAAAGCGCCGCCCAAGACUGGAACAAGGACAGAUAAACAAAAGGGCAAUAAAUCGUCAAUUUACAUUGGCGUCGGUGUCGCUGCUGGAAUUGUGUUAAUCCUUAUCGUCCUCGUUGUGGCCUACUAUAUAAUGAAGAGUAAAAAGAAGAGACUUACCUUGUUCUCGGUGUUUUAUGACCCCUCUAAUAAGGAAGGCUCACAAAUAAGGAAAGGCAAGAAGGAGAAAGGAGAAAUCGAAAUGGCUGAGGGUGUUGGAAACCCUGUGUAUGAUUCUUUCAAUGAAGGACAACCCCUGGAAGACUUUCACAUGAGUGACGUGGAUACAAACAUGUUUGCCUCAGAUGACGCGUUUGGGAUUGCGUCGGACAAGGAAGGAGCAACGUCCAUGGCAAACCCAUUGUAUCAAGAUCCUUACCUUGAAGAAGACCUAAACAAAUAUUGAACAAAGAACACAAACGUCAAAAAUGCUGAAAACGAGACUAGAAGAACAUUGCUGUCUUAGUUAGAAA